AUGUCCGCGCCAGGUGGCGCCCCCAGCCCUGCGCCGCGCAGCGGCAGCAUGGGACCCGGCGCAAAUGGAGGCAAUAUGCCUAUGUCGUCGCAACAACCAAUGUCUGGAACCCCUGUCCAUCAUCCACCUACUCCCGGCCCACCGCCGCCGCAGAGUGGUGCCAUGUCACAACAGAAUCUCAAUCAGAUUAGUCGCCGCAAGCCCGGGGGGGGGGAUGUCUGUGACGAGGAAUACUAUCCCCCCGGAUCGAGCCAAUCAAACUCAACCGCACUCAAGCCCUCUGCCAGGAAGCGGCCUCGGCAUCGUCCUCCUGCUGGGAAAAGGGGACAUGGUCCUCCUACUCCAGGUCCCGAGGUACCCCGAGCUUCCGCGAGGACUGCACCUGCUGAGAGGGCUGCGCCUGCCGGGAAGACUCCAGCUAUUCAGGGCUCUCAAUACUCUCACACCGGCUUGCAAUAUGUCUCGAAUAGCUCUCUCAUGGACCAAGCACUAUCAGUUGCGUCUCGGGCUAGUCUCAAGCUGCUGGGCCAGAACCCCCUGGGACCGGAUGCAGUCAUUGAUUACCUGGCCAAGAAGGGCUACAGCCGUACCGAGGCAAUGCUGCGCAUGGAAUCUGCAAAUCAAGAAAUUGAUGGCCGCCCUCUCCCUCCUCUUGGAGAAGACGCCCGUCCUAAGUUUAGACAGGGCUUUGAUCUACUCAAGACUUGGGUUGAGGAGAACCUCGAUUUGUACAAACCUGAGCUUCGUCGUGUGUUGUGGCCACUCUUUGUUUAUUCGUUCCUGAAUAUGGUCACGUCUUUCUACCCCCAAGAUGCGAAGCAGUUUUUUGAGUCCAACAAGAACAUGUUUCUCCCCGAGCACACGGACGAUGUCCGUGUUUUUGAGCCCAUCAGCCUGCCAGAGCACGUCCAGGCCAAUGACACCGCCAAACUUUAUCGAACCAACAAGUACCGCAUCGUCCUGAGCAAUCCUGCGUACACCAACCUCUUGCAAUUCCUGGAAAGCAAGGAGAAGGAGGGAGGCUCCGUCAUGAAUGCCAUUCUGAGCAGCUAUUGCACCAUCAAGACUAUGGACCGUGCUGCUGACGAUCGGUUCAGCUUCGCUGCCAUGCUGGGCCAGAUCGGGGCAGGUCAGACGUUCCCCUCCGAAGAUGAAGGUAUUCCCGGCCACCAUCCUGGCUCGGCUUAUACCGGAGAUAAUCCGGCCAUGGCUGGAACCCUGCCAAGACUUAGGCUCGGAAAGAUGCCUAUGGAGCAGACUUUGGAAGAAGAUGUUCGUGCGGAACUGGCCGAUGAAGAUGCGAAAGACGCCCCUGGCCCGGGCCGGCACACACUUGUGCAGGAGUUUGAGCAGAUGAUCAAGAAGGAGGAAGAUGAGGAGGCGCCAACGCGCGCUGACAUCCCUUUCCCUCCAUCCACUGCUCGCGAUGUCGCGAUCGAAUGCAUGAAGGUUAAGGAGAACCGAGAUCGGUACAAGAUUGAAGGCCGUACUGGUGGUGUGGGCCCUGGAGUCAGCGUGUGCAUGUUUACUUUCCACAACACCUUUGAUGGCAUCAACUGCCUGGACUUUUCCGAUGACAACCUGCUUGUUGCUGCUGGAUUUGCCCAGUCUUACAUCCGGGUUUGGAGUCUUGAUGGGAAAAACAUUGAGGCGGCCUAUCCGGAAUUAGAUGAUCUUCCUCCGGCCAACUCUCGACGCCUCAUCGGACAUUCUGGCCCUGUCUACGCGGUUGCUUUCCCUCCUUGCGCAACAAAGGCCGAUAAUGUUUCCAGUGAAGAUUACGUUCCUACCAAUGCUCGGUUCCUUCUCUCCUCCUCAGCGGACAAGACGAUCCGGCUGUGGUCUCUGGAUACCUGGCAAUGCAUGGUCGUUUACAAGGGCCAUGACCGCCCCGUGUGGGACUUGCGCUGGGGACCUUUCGGCCACUACUUCGUAUCUGCCGGCUCUGAUCGCACUGCCCGUCUCUGGGUCACCGACCACAUCCGCCAGCAGCGCAUCUUCGCCGGACAUGACCAGGAUGUGGAUUGUGUUUGCUUUCAUCCAAACUCCGCCUACGUCUUUACUGCUAGCUCCGACAAGACAGUACGCAUGUGGGCAGUCACCACUGGAAAUGCCGUGCGCAUGUUCACUGGCCACACGGGCAAUGUGACUGCUAUGGAGUGCAGUCGCGACGGCAAGAUUCUGGCUUCGGCAGAUGAUGCCGGUUCGAUUUUCCUGUGGGAUCUUGCUCCAGGCCGUCUCUUGAAACGUAUGCGUGGUCAUGGGAAAGGUGGUAUCUGGUCCCUCAGCUGGAGCGUUGAGUCAACUGUUCUCGUCUCUGGUGGUGCUGAUGGGACUGUCCGCAUCUGGGACGUCGCUAGUCCCCAGGAUGCCAGCCAGGGACGUGUGAUCGGCGAAGGUGGUGCCGGUACUAAGCUUGACUCCGGCAAUGCCCCCACAAGCACUGCAGGUCAAAGCAAGAAAAAGAAGGGCAAGGAUGUCGUUGUCACCCCAGAUCAGAUCAGUGCUUUCCCGACUAAGAAAAGUCCUGUUUACAAGGUCAAGUUCACCAACAUGAACUUGGUUGUUGCGGGCGGUGCGUAUCUUCCAUAG